CCGAGGAGAGGGCGAAACGCGUCUCGGAGGAUCUGUACAGCACUUAAGGACAUUGAUUUUAUUAUUUUGUAAGUUUUAGGUGUUUUUUUAAAUACUUUACUACUUUUAAUAAAUGUGAUCUUUGGAUCACUACCAGUCCAUUUGCUGUCAUCUUCAUCUCACUGCUUCAAAAUAAGGCUUUACCCCCCUUUAGUGGGUGGCAUGCUGUUCUAACUUGAGCCAGGUUCCCAUGAUUGGCUCUUUCAAAGUCUUCCAGGAAUAUCUAAAUUCAUGUAAUAGCUGCAGCAUCCACCACUCCUGGACACACAUUUCGAGACAAAUCUUGUAUAACAGAAGUAUUCUUGUAUCUGUCAUUUGAGGAAGAAAAAAUAAAAAUGAAAGACAAGACGCAAGACACGUCCAGUAACAAAGUGCAACUUAAAAAGGAAAUUUCCCUUCUGCAUGGGGUGAGCCUGGUGGUUGGAAACACUAUUGGUGCCGGAAUUUUUGUUUCUCCAAAAGGUGUUCUGAUGUAUAGUGGCUCCUAUGGAUUAUCUCUCAUAAUAUGGGUAUUGGGAGGAAUAUUUUCAGUGAUUGGAGCUCUGUGCUAUGCGGAACUUGGGACGACAAUUACAAAAUCAGGUGCCAGCUACAUUUACAUAAAGGAAUCAUUUGGGGGAUUUUUAGCCUUUUUAAACCUGUGGACUAAUAUGUUAAUCAUCUAUCCUGCCAGUCAGGCAAUUUUGGCGGUGACAUUUGCCAACUACUUAAUUGAGCCAUUUUUUCCAACAUGCACCCCUCCUCAGACAGCAGUGUACCUGCUUGCAGUCGUAUGUGUGGUUUUUUUGACAGCUGUGAACUGUGCAAAGGUGAAAUGGGGAGCUACCCUGCAAGUGGUGUCAACAUUUGCGAAAGUGCUAGCCCUUGUCAUUAUAAUUAUUACUGGAAUUGUUAGACUUUGCCAAGGCAAUACACAUUAUUUGGAAAAGUCUUUUGAAGGCUCCAAGCUGAAUGCAGGUUCUUUGACUAUGGCAUUCUAUUCGGCAUUGUAUUCUUUCUCUGGCUGGGAUGCCUUAAAUUAUGUAACAGAAGAAAUGAAAAAUCCUAAAAGGAAUUUGCCUCUGUCAAUGGUCAUUUCUAUGCCUUUGGUAACAGUAAUCUAUGUCAUGACAAACAUUGCAUAUUACACAGAAUUAGACAUGGAUAUGAUCAUGGAUAGCAGUGCAGUAGCUGUGACAUUUGCAGACAGAGUUCUUGGAUACAUAAAAUGGUUUAUACCUAUAUCUGUGGCUAUAUCAUGCUGUGGUGGAUUGAAUUCAGUUGUUAUUUCUUCAUCAAGGUUGUUUUUUGUAGCAUCACGUGAAGGGCAGUUACCAGACUUUCUGUGCCUGAUCCACAUAUUUCGAUAUACACCUAUACCUGCACUACUAUUCAAUGGAGUGAUGGCCCUCAUAUUUCUUUGUGUGACAGAUGUCUUCCAACUUAUUGAUUACUUCAGCUUCACGUACUGGCUGUUUAUUGGCCUUUCGGUUGGUAGCCUAAUUUAUUUGAGGAUCAAGAAACCAGAUAUCCCUAGACCUGUGAGGCUAAGCCUGCUUUUUCCUAUCGUGUACUGCCUCUGCAGCGUGUGCCUGGUCAUAGUUCCUCUAUACAGUGAUCCUAUUGAUUCAUUGGUUGGUAUUGCCGUCUGCCUAUCUGGAGCACCCAUUUACUAUAUUUGCCUUCAUCUUCCUCCUGAAAAACAGCCCCGGUUUGUAAGAAAGUUUCUUGGUUUUAUAUCCCUGUAUACUCAGAAGAUGUUCAUGUGUUGUGCCGUACAGUCUGAAGAAGAGGAGAUAAAACUGAAAUGAUAGAUAUUAUUUUUAUGUUUUCUUUUUAUAUUUAAAACUGAAACAAUAAACAUUUUAUAAAAAAUA